AUGAGUGUUCAGAGAGGAAAACACGAAACGUCGAAGGCUUUGUUCUCCAAUUUGAACAAUGACGAUUAUUACAAAGUUCUCGGUUUAGAAAACUUGAGGUGGAGAGCUACGGAGGAUGAUAUUCGUUCUGCAUAUCGUUCUCUCGUAUUAAAGUAUCAUCCGGAUAAGAUGGCGGAUCCCAAACCGGAAGACAGACAGAUUUUCAUAAAAAUUCAAGAAGCUUACGAUGUGCUAGGAACGCUCGAAAAGCGAAGAGCCUACGAUUCCAUGGAUAUCGAGCUUAUUGUUCCGACGAUGGAGGAAGGUGACGACUUCUUUGAGUGUUUCCAGGACAUCUUCUUCAAUUACAGUCGCUUCAGUACGAUCCAACCCGCUCCGCUUCUGGGAACAAUCGAUACUCCUUGGGAAAAAGUGGAUGCAUUUUACAAGUUUUGGAGGGAGUUCCAUUCCUGGCGAGUCUACUCUGCCUACGACGAAUACAACUUGGAAGAGUCAAACUCCCGUGCCGAGAAGCGCUGGAUGAACCAAAUGAACGAAGCGCAUCGCCGCAAACUGCGCUUGCAGGACAGCAAGAAGCUCCAAGCGAUCGUGGAGAAGGCCUAUCGUUUGGAUCCGCGCGUGGCGGCCUACAAGGAAAAGCUCGAGAAGGAGCGAAUCGCGAAGGAAGUAAAACGCGGCCAGAAUUCAAUUACGCACAGAAAGAAAAGGAGGAGGCGCGCCGGAGAGAAGAAGAGAAGAGGGAGCAGGAGCGGCUGGAAGCGGAGCGAAAGGAGCAGGAGCGUCGCGCAGAAGAAGAGCGAAUUCGAAAGAAGCAGGCGGAGGAGCGCAAGUGGUCCAAACAGAUCGACGCCGUUUCCUUCCUCGCUUCGUUUCCAACUAGGCAAUCCCCGCCACCGUUUUAAAAUCCUUCUGCGAAGCCUCCGAACUGCCCGACUUGCAGUCGCUCGACCAGAAAGGCGUCGACGCCAUCAACGCCGCGCUGCGCGACCUCAUCGCCAAGGUCGCUUUCCUCGCUUUAUUUUCUCUAGGAGGAGGCCAAACAGGCCGAGAUCGAGCGUCUUCGCCGCGAGCAGGAAGAGAAAAAGCGGCGGGAAGACGAAGCCGCGCUGGAGAAGUCGAAGGAGAGCAAAACGGGCGUGGAAUGGCAGCUCGAAGAGGACCACUGCCUCAGCCAGGCGGUCAAGAAAUUCCCGGCGGGGUAUCGGAAUCGGUGGGAGCGCAUCGCGGAGUAUGUGGGAGAGUACAGUCGGUGCAAUCGGACGCGGACGGGAGCGCAGUGCCGCGCGCGGAUCGAGGAAAUCACGAAGCGAAACAUGGGGCAGAACACGAAAGUGA